UGUAGCGGGUGUCUCGUGGGCAAAACGGCGUUUACUUAUCAACAGCGUGGACACAAUAGAUAGAGAGAGACGUCGGUUUACAUGAGGACGAGCUACAAUUGAAAGAAAGAGCGAGCUCUGUUACCAAACACAGACUCUGUGCUUCAGAUUCUCGGUUUCUUCGAGUAGUAACGUCAGUUCGGGGGUUGUUCGUUAUUCAGAAACAGACGGAGGACUAUCAUAACAACACCGGAGCGCAGCAUAACAGAUCCCGGAGAAGCACAUUUUGAUAUGAGAUGACGGCAGACUGCUUUGGCUGUUUGAAGUGGUGUCCCUGUGGGCUACUCAGUGCUGAAAGGACAGGAGCGGAACCCGACAGCGAUAGAUAGACCGGUCCUUGGCUUCAGCUCAUCUGUUGUGCUCAGCGGCCUCCUGGUUUUCCAUCAGGAUGGUGCAUUCAGCGUCACUCUGUGCCUGUCUGUCUCUUCUGACUGUCCUCAGCUGUCAUUCUCAUGUCCUCCCCCGACUCUCUUUUCCCAUGGGUAGUCCGGGUCGUUCCCUCAGUAUCUUCACAAACCCUGAUGUUUACAACACCACCACGCUGUUGCUUAGCAAUGAUGAGGGCACUUUAUUCAUCGGAGCACGUGAUACAGUUCUUUCAAUCGAUGUCAGUCAGACUGAUGCGAUGACCAUGAAGGAGAAGCUGGACUGGUCUCCGUCAGAAAAGGAUCUUGCUGAUUGUGCUAUGAAAGGCAAAAUGAAGAUGGAUUGUCAUAACUUCGUGAGGGUUUUGCAAGUACUGAACUCCACCCAUAUGUACGCCUGUGGAACGUUUGCCUUCAGCCCGCGCUGCAUCUACAUCAAUUCAAACACAUUUUCCAUGGCUACAGGCCCCAGCGGUAAGCCAGAAGAAGGCAGAGGCCGCUGUCCUUAUGACCCAUACCAGAAGAACACUGCCAUAACUGUGGAUGGAGAACUGUACACAGGAACAGUGGCAGACUACAGGGGAACUCGGCCUGUCAUUUCACGCCACUUGAGCGAAGGCAGUCAUGUUGAUCUGAAACUGGAUGAUACACUUGGCUGGUUAGAAGAUCCUACAUUCAUCAGCUCCACGUACGUUCCCAGUGAGGAGAAGGUUUAUUUCUUCUUUAGUGAGAUUGGAAAAGAAUAUGACUUCAUUGACAAGUUUACAGUGUCUCGCGUUGCCCAAGUUUGCACUAGUGACGUGGGAGGCCAGCGUACUCUGCAAAAACGCUGGACCACCUUUGCCAAGGCUCAGCUACUAUGUCAAGCUAAACAAGAGCUGCCAUACAACAUCCUGCAGGACAUUGUCAGCCUUACGCCAGAAGAGGGCGCAUCUGAGGAUGAAACUCUAUUCUAUGGGAUUUUUACUUCUCAGUGGCAAGUUAACUUGGGCCGCUCAGCCGUGUGUGCUUUCAGCCUCAAAGACAUUAAAAAGGUGUUUACAGGACAUUACAAGGUUCUGAAUCGGGACACUUUAAAAUGGAGCACAAGGGUACAGGAGCAAAUGGCAAACCCUGGAGAGUGUGGCCUCCAUAACGCGUCGGACAACACUCUGCGCUUUGUUAAGGACAACUUCCUGGCUGAUAAAAGUGUUCCACCGGUCAAUCAGGGCCUGACGCUGGUGUCACCUGAUAAGAGCUACAGCAACAUUGCAGUUCAGAGAGUCCGUGGAGCACGUGGCAGAGAUUACACUGUGCUUUACCUGCUCACAGAGUCAGGCUACCUGCACAAAGCUGUGCUCUUGGAGAACGGAGCUCACAUCAUUGAGGAGAUCCAAGUGUUUCAUCAGCCUCAGCCAGUCAAAAACCUCCUGUUGUCAGUCUCCAAGGGUGCAGUGCUAAUAGGCUCUUCAGAAGGAGUCGUUUCAGUGCCCAUGUCCAACUGUUCGUACUACUGGAGCUGUGCUGAGUGUGUUUUAGCCAGAGACCCCUUCUGUGGCUGGGACCCUGUGAUGAAGCUCUGCACAGACACACAAGACCGUCUUGUCCAGGAUGUAGAUGAGGGAAAUGUAUCAGAGCAGUGUAAUUAUGCGGCCCCCAGGUCACGUUCCGGCCAGUCCCGAACCCCCUCGACUGUGUGUCCUCCAGGUGAAGUGGUGUCCGUGUCUCUAAACGAAGUAGUGCACCUGCAGUGUCCAGAAGCGUCACACCUCGCCAAACGCCACUGGGAGCGUCUCAACAGCCAGCUCUCGCCCAAAAUCUACAUUCAGUCGGACGACGGCGGCCUCAGCUUUGUGGCGACCCCGUCCACCCUGGGACACUACCUGUGCCAGGCUGUGGAGAACGGCUACAGCCAAACACUGGUCGUCUACCACGUCAAACAGAAGAGCAGCCCCACCAUCCUACCAGCCACCCCGAACCGCUCACACAGCACCCCAUCCACCGAAGCGGGAAUUAAAACCCCCGUCUCCACCACCAGAUUAAACCCACCUAAACAAACAGAGCCGAUGCCUAAACCAGACCAAGUGGAUCCUACAGUCACACUCAAAGAUUCGCCGGCGGCCACUAUUCGCAAUAGCAGGAACUUUACUCAUUUGCUUGGCAUGGAAAAGGAAAACUCCCGAAUGACCGAGCCUGGUGAAAACCUCGAGCAAGCAGACAAGCCCAGCUACUUGCAGGAGCUUGUAGUGGUGUCCGUUCUGCUAGCUCUGUGCAUCAGCGCCUUGCUAACCAUUGCUUUUAACAGAUUCAGGCAUCUUUGUCAUAGCAGGACGGUCCCGAAAACUCCUUCCUCCCACAGGGACGCCGAGAAGGGCGGAAGUGCGACGCCCCAGGAGAGAGAGUCUCUCAGAGGACAUUCGCCUUGUUUGGAAAAGCGGAACGGACAAGCCGCUAACGGACAAUCCCACAAUGGUCAGACACAUAACGGCAAAUCUCCCAUCACGCUGAGCAACAGCAUGCUGAACAGCUCAAACGGUCACCUGCCCAACACACCCAUAUGAUGCACUCGUCUAGUUUUCUGGGUUCACAGUAAACCUCUUUUCUGAGCCAAAUCGGGCUUCUGCUGUAUCAAGCCCUGAACCACUUUGCUUUCCGAGAGGGAAAAAAACUGGUAAAAACGGCACAUCGGACCUUUUUACGAACCAUUUUUGAGCCGUAGGACUCAAAGAUCUUCAACUCUAGGUACUACAGUAGUGUACAUUUUUCAGUUUGUUCAUAUUUAUGCUGUAAUUUAUGUGACAACUGUUUGUUUCAGUCUAAAGUGUAUCAGAUUUUAUGCCUCUCUAAAAUCACACGUAAGUGAAAUAUAUACGUAGAUGGUCAGUUUAAGAUUUUCAUUGAUCUCUUCAACCUUUUUAAUUGACAUUAGAAGCUGUUCAGUCAGCUCAGUUUAAAAUACACUUUUUAAAUCAUUUUAUAUGACACAUUUCGAUGGACCUUAAAAGUAAAAUUUCAUAAAGUUUCCUAAGAGAGGCAGCUUCACUAACUAUACUGAUCAUCUGCUAAUUUCAACUUCGAAGACUUGCUUGAAAUUUCAUAUUUUUCAUUCUGCAAUAUCGCACAUCUUUUUUUAGUCUUUGCCUUUGUUCCUUAUUCUUAUCUAUUUACAAUUUUUGAAUGUUAAGACGAGGUAUGUCUGUUUCACUUUUUUUUUCCUUUCAUAGUCUUAAAAAGGGGAUAGUUCACCCAAAAAGUACAAAUUGGUCAUUUAUUCACCCUCAGAUUAUUGGUAACCAAACCGUUUCCUUUCCCAGUGACUUCUAUUGUAUGUUGUAAAAAAAAAAAUAAUAAUAAUAAUAAUAAUGGAAGACAAUGGGAAUAGAAACAGUUUGGUUAACUGUUUUUCAAAAUAUGAUAUUUUGUGUUCCACUGGAGAAACAGGUUUAGAAUGAAAUGAGGCUGAGUACAUAUCAGAAUUUUAAUUUUUGGGUGAAUUGUCUCUUGAAUGUUGCACCAAUGCAAAAAUUAAGCUUUCAAAGAUGCUUUUCAAGUGGUUUAAUUUAAAUAAGUAUUUUGUAAUGCAUAAAGUUGUGCUUAUCAGUAAUGUGCAGGUACGGGUAGAUGUUUCUUAAUAUCUCAAUAUAAAAAUAAUACUCAAAUGUGUUAUUUCGGUAUUUUGGACCUGUUUUAGAACUAUGUAGCCUGGUUACCUCGUUCAAUAUUGACCACUUCUCUCUGCCCUAAUGGCAAAACACUGGAACUGAGAAAAUUGCUUCGAAGGAUGAUUUUUGGUUGAAUUUUGUUCAAUUUUUAUAUUCGAAGCACUGGGAAAUAGUUGAGCCAAUCUGUUACAGGACAAAUCAUAGUCAAAGAGACUUGUUUUUGCUCUUAAAUAUGAUGAAAAAAAUAAGUAGUUGUGUUUUGCGUUUACACCGCAAUAUAUUGGACCUACUUGUAGCUACAUCCACUAUAUUGGGAGUGACUUGCACCUAUUUUUUUAUUCUUUCCCAGCCUGUGGUUUGUCACUGAACGGUACGGAUUUAAAGUCUUCAUUCUGGGGAAAUCACUUGUAAAAUGUGAUAUUGCCAAAUGUGUGUUUUAUAAUCAAAUGACGGAGAACUUGUUCUGUCUAGUGGUUCAAACAGCAGUUCCAUUUAUCUAUUUGUCUGUAGUUGGAUAACUGAGUCCAAUCGAAGCCCAGUAUGUGAAGCCUGUCACAGGAAUAGAUGCAUUCUCCUGCACGCCACUGUUUUUGAAAGAUUCUGUUUAUUUUUUUAUUACCUACGAAGCAGGCUGUUUUGAAAAUAAAAGAUGCUGAUUUAAAGUG